AUGCCUCCGAAAGGGAAGCCUGCCAAGCCUGCGAGUAAGAUGGACCCUGUCGCUGCUUGUGCUACGCUGAAAACGCCAGUGGCGGGCUCCUCUUCUAGGCCGAUUUCUGCUACUGCCGUUGCGGCGAAGUCGUCACGCACACUGUUUGAUGAGAGUGACUCCAAGUCAUUGACGCUGUCGGCAAAGCUGGCUGCCAUUCGUAUUGAACAAGCUGCUGGUGGGAAGAGGGAUAAUGGCAAGGGGAAAGACAAUGACUUUAAGGAUGCAGUCUUGGAUGCGGAAGAGGAUCCGACUACGGAAGAUGAUGAUGGUGACUUGUCUGGAGUUGCUCGUCGUACCUGCUUCCUGGAUGAUGAUGACGACGGUCUGAUCGCUCAUGAUCCGAAAGAAGGUUUUGAGGAUAAGGCGAAGGAGACGCUGGCAGCAAAGCCGCGGUUUUCGCUCACAUUGCUGAUACCCAGUGAUCACCUGCAAGAACGUCACAGGGGAGGCCUGGCGAAGCCGGGUGCUGCAACGCGUGCUCUCAAGGCCAACCUGAAUCUUCGGGUGAUGCGCAAGGAGAUCGGGAUUUAG